GCAUCAUUCGAAUGUUUAGAAAGUAUAAGUCAGGAUAAUUAGGCAUUUUUUUCUUGGUGAAUUUAGAAAGUUUUCCCGCGAAUAACGCGCGUUUUAUGUUCCUAACAUUUCGCAGCGCAAAGUUCGUUAUUGUUGCGCGUGCUACUCGCGCGUGGUAAACAGUCAAAGGAGGCUGGACGUGGAGUUCAAAUGCACCAACUGUCGUGAGAUAGAAACUUAAAAAUCCUCUGGGGACUCCUCAAGAUUCUCAAGUUACAGAAAACCCCAACAAAUCUUAUUGGUUAACGCAAGUAGCCAUUGGCAAAAGUUGUUGACGCGUGAAGUCGAGCGUGUAGUAUCAAAAUCGUCUAAUUAAGAUUUUCAACAGAAGAAACCAUAUGGAGACGGAAAGCCUGCGAGGUACUGAUCAUCUGGAGGAGCAAAAAAGCAUCGAAUUAUUUCUUCAAGAGGAAAUUUCUUGCCCCGUCUGUUUGGAAGUAUUUGUUACGCCAAAAUGUCUGCCAUGGUGUGCACAUAAUGUUUGUUUAUCAUGUCUUGAAAGGAUGGAAAGUCAGCGAAAUUGCAUUGAGUGCCCGAUUUGCAGAAAGACGACAAAACUUUCGAAAAGCCAGGUCUUACCGACCAACUCACUUCUGGUCAGAAUGAUAGAAAAUACACCGGGGACAAAAGAAGAGAUGGCAUUGAAGGAAGAACUGAAGUUAACAAGAGAUAAGUUGAAGAAAAAAGCUAAGAAAAUGAAAAAUAAGCGUUUGAGUUUUAAGCUGAAACAAAAAGCCAGAAGAAAGGCUUUAAAGCAAGAAAUUGCUAAACGCGCUAAAAUGUUAGAAGAUGGUAUAAAAAAGCAAAAAGAAUCCUUGCUCCAACAACUCUAUUUGCCGGAUACUGAACUAAAGGCGGAAUUAAAUAGAUUUGACAUGUUUCUAAAAAAAUCCUCAAGGUGCAUGGAAAACAUCGAGAAAAUUUUAAAAGAAAGCAAUCUAUCUGACAUAGCCAAACAGAGUGGAGCUUACAUCGAACAGUUGAAAAAACUACGGAAUACACCAACGGUUAAUUUUCGCAACAUAGAAUUUGAAGGAAACAACAGCAAAGUUACGCUGGGGAAGAUAACCCGUAAAAUAAAAAUAGAGGAUUUAGAAGACACAAGCCCGCAACGAUCUGAAGCGCCGGGAGUUCUGUCGUCAAAUGACCGUCAGUGAAAUCGAGCAUUUAUAUACUUAUAGUAUUUUCAAAUAAGGGUUGCACUCGAAAAUCUUGUCGUAACCCGCAGUGUGAUGGGUAAUGUAUAAUUGGACAGAACCACAGAUUUCGAAACCAAGACAUUUUUUUAAAUCGUUAUCGGUGUCGGUAGCUAGAUUUCGGAUGGAUUGAUUUCUCGUUGUGGUGCUCGGUUAGUGAAAUCCAUAUGAAGUGGAUGAGUUAAAGACGGAAAGAAUAUGAAGCCGAUGUGCCAAGCCAAAAGUCAGAGAGUUGACCGGAAAAAAUAUAUAUAUAUUUAUUAAAAAAAUAUUUAUUUUUCA